AUGGCAGACAAGAACGAAUUUCAGAGAUUCGCAAGUCCGAACGAGCUUCGCAAUGUCGUGCGUGAGGACCUGGGCAUCUUCUAUGCGGUGAUCGUCGCUGCCAUAUAUGACGUUGAAAAUGGCGUUGAUGUUUCAACACCUGCCUCCUUUUUCGCACCACUAAGAAGAUGCAUUGAGAAGCACCCUCAAUUGUGCGUCACAGUUGGCGACAUGCAUGCCCUCAAACCAUUCUAUCAGAGAGUGCCUGUUAUCAACCUCAAGGACCACAUCUUCAUCCUAGAUACCACCGGCGAUGACGGCUACUCUGGUAUCGAGAAGUUUUUAGCAACCGAUCUUGAUCAACCCUUCAAAUCCGGAAUUCCACCGUGGAGGAUUAGCGUCAUACCAUACCGAGGCCGAUGCUUUGUGUCUUUUGCUUACUCACAUACCAUUGGCGAUGGCACAUCCGGAGCUGCUUUCCACCGCACCUUUCUCGAAGGCUGGAGGAGCUUGCCACCGUCAGAGUCCGCAGAGCCCGAGGUGGUUGAGACCCCAGCCAGGCCAUUUCCGCCUCCCUUCGACACUGCGCAGAGACUGCCAAUAUCUUUGUCCUUCAUGCUGGCACCGAUACUUUCUCUAAUCCUCCCCACGAGCAUCUACAACUGGCUCGACCUUCGAUCCCCUGCUUCGCCUGGCGACAAAGGGACGUUCCAAGGCAGCCUUGUCUUCAUGCCAGAGCCGGACCGGUCAGCAACGCAGCUGUCACUUCAAGAGAUUGACGCAAACACCCUGCAGAACGCCAUCAACGUGGCAAGAAAGCAUGACGCAAAGCUCACAGGCGUCCUGCAUCAAGUCAUCGUCCGAGCUCUCAGCCGUGCCGUACAAGACAGCAACAUCACCAACUUUGUCUCGCAGACACCCCUCAACCUACGGCGUGCUAUCGGUGCUUCGGACGACGAGAUGGGAAACUUUGUCUCCGCUUCCUACCUUCGCCAUCCCAAGACGGAGCCUUCGGAGGAGUUUUCGGAAGAAGAAUGGGCCCGAGCUCGUGAGGACACACGCCGGCUUGCCCAAGAUGCGGCAACCUUGCAGGAUCAACCAAUAGGACUGCUUAGAUUGUUGCCCAACAUACGGUCCUGGAUCCUAGGUAAAGUCGGGAAGGGGCGAGAAUGCUCAUACGAGCUGAGUAAUAUCGGCUCCUUCGACAGUGGCGAUAGCCAGGCAAUUGGGCAGGGAACCCGAGCCAAGGUCACGAAGGUGGUAUUCACGCAGCCAGGACACGUUAUUGGCCAAUCGUUGGCUUUCAGCUUCGCAGCUGUCAAAGGUGGAAGCCUCAUGUACACCGUCACCUGGAAGCUAGGAUCUACUGGCCUCACAGAUGACGAAGAGAGGAAGUUCGUGGAGGGUAUUUGCGCCUCGAUUCGAAAAGACCUUGAACAUCUCAUGUAA